CUGUACUCGCAACAGUGCAGCAUUAUUGAAAAGCGAGUAAGCACGUGGAUAUUAUUAUAAAAGAAGGUAUUCCUGUACAAAAUGUCUCACUCGCCGAUUGAAAUAUACGAACAACGAGCUGCAGCUGCGGAAGAAGAGAUUGAAGUUUUAAAAAAGGAACUUCGCUCCUUGUAUCAGCUUGUUAAAAGUGGUGAUUUCAAGGUAAACGAUUCAACUGAAAGCGAUUCAAUCGUCAGUCAAGCUGAACUGGAUAAAGUUAAGAAGGAAAACGAGAAGCUUAAAAUGCGAAUUGAAAUUCUAAAAAAAGAAAUAUUUUAUUUAUAGACUUUAGAAGAACGCAAAUCCAAACAUCUCGCUGUAAGUACGAACAUGUCUGAAUCAGGUCAUAUGGUCAGUAUCUAUGACACCUUGUACACCCUUUUUGAAAAAGCAAUCAUUGAAGCAUAUCCAGAUCUUACUGACCCGCCAGUUGUCAUAUCGUCCAGUAAUAAUCCUAAAUUUGGAGAUUAUCAGUGCAAUAGUGCUUUGCCUCUUUGUAAGCUGCUUGGUUCUGCCUCACAAGGAAAGAAAGUAUCACCUCGUGAAAUUGCUGACAAAAUAAUUUUAAAAGUUGCUUCUUCUCCAUUGGUUGAAAAAUUAGAAGUUGCUGGAGCUGGAUUCAUAAAUAUUUAUCUCAAACGUGAAUUUGGACAAGCCAUACUUGCAAAUAUAUUAAAACAUGGAAAAGUUUUAUCUCCCCCUGUAGUUCAAAAACGACGAAUCCUGGUGGAUUUUUCCAGUCCUAAUGUUGCAAAAGAAAUGCAUGUUGGUCAUUUGAGGUCUACCAUUAUUGGAGACAGUAUUGCACGUUUAUUGGAAUUCUUAGGUCAUGAUGUUCUUAGGAUCAAUCACAUUGGAGAUUGGGGAACACAAUUUGGAAUGCUAAUUGCUCACCUUGAGGAUAAAUUUCCCAAUUACACCACAGAAUCUCCACCUAUUUCUGACCUUCAGAGUUUUUAUAAAGAAUCGAAGGUUCGAUUUGAUGAGGAUGAAGAGUUCAAGAAAAGAGCCUAUGCGUGCGUAGUAAAACUACAAGCACAUGAACCUAAAUAUAUACAGGCUUGGAAACUAAUCUGUGAUGUUUCAAGGAAAGAAUUUCAAAGUAUUUACAAUCGACUUGACAUCAAGUUGAUCGAGAGGGGUGAAUCGUUUUACCACUCCCGUAUGAAGGAUAUCGUGAAAGAGCUCGAGGAGAAAAAUUUUUUAGAGGAAGAUGAGGGCCGUAAGAUUAUGUGGGGCGAAAAUAGAGAGGGAAUUCCGCUAACAAUCGUCAAAAGGGACGGUGGAUUUACAUACGAUACUUCGGAUAUGGCAGCGAUCAAGCACCGAAUUGUGGAAGAGAAAGCAGAAUGGGUAAUAUAUGUUGUGGAUGCGGGCCAAGCCACUCACUUCCAAAUCAUGGAAAGUUGCGCCAGGCGAGCGAGGAUAGUUUUGAGCUGCCACAACAUUGACUUUGUUGGCUUUGGUGUUGUCCUUGGCGAGGACAAGAAGAAAUUCAAAACCAGGUCCGGCGACACGGUAAAACUCAGCCAGUUACUGGAUGAAGGAUUGAAAAGGGCAGAACAAAAGCUGAUGGAGAAAGAGCGCGACAAGGUGCUCACGAAGGAGGAAUUCAACAAGGCCAAGGAGUCGAUAGCUUACGGCUGUAUAAAGUACGCCGAUCUCUGCCACAAUCGAAACCACGAUUACGUGUUCUCGUUCGACAAGAUGACGGAGGACAAGGGUAACACGGCUGUCUACUUGCUCUACGCGCUCACGAGGAUCCGCUCGAUUGCGCGAACAGCUAACGUGAGUCGUGAAGAGAUGCAGGAGGCUAUCGGCAAGACGCCCAUCUCCCUCGAACACGAGAAGGAGUGGAAGCUUGCCAAGGUCCUGCUCAAGUUCCCCGACGUUAUCCUCAAGAUUACAAAAGAUUUGUGUUUGCACACACUGUGCGAGCUUUGCUAUGAGAUCGCCUGCGCCUUUACGGAGUUCUACGAUAAUUGCUACUGUGUGGAGAAAAAUCAGACCGGCGAAAUCGUUAAGGUGAACAUGGGUCGUAUUCUGUUGACGGAGGUGACCGCUAUGAUGCUGGAACAGUGCUUUGCUCUUUUGGGCUUGAAACCCGUGGAAAAGAUGUAAUGGGGGAGCGAGAUGUGUGGAGGAGACAUCACUUAACAGACUCAAAAAACUUUAAUUGUGAAACUAAAAAAAUUAAAAAUGUUUACAUGUAACAAACUUUUUUCGAGGAAUAAAUAUUUAUUUCGCUUA